AUGAUUGUGGACUUCAGGAAGAGCACUGUCCCCCCGCCCCCACCCUCCGUGAUGGACUCCCCCAUCACCUCUGUGGAGUCCUUCCGUUUCCUGGGCACCACCAUCACCCAGGACCUCAAGUGGGAGCCGACCAUCAGCUCCCUCAUCAAGAAGGCCCAGCAGAGGAUGUACUUCCUGCGGCAGCUCAGGAAAGCCAAGCUGCCUGCACAGAUGUUGGUGCAGUUCUACACGGCCAUCAUCGAGUCCAUCCUCACCUCCUCCAUCACCGUGUGGUUCGCUGGAGCCACAUUUGUGAAGUUUGCUAACAUCGAGGAGGACACGCCUUCGUACCACCGUCGCUACGACUUCUUUGUGUCUCAGUUCAGCGCCAUGUGCCACUCCACUCACGAGGAACCAGAGACACGCACCAGGAUCCGUGUGGCUGGUAUCCGUGGUCUUCAGGGCGUGGUCAGAAAGACGGUGAACGAUGAACUGCAGGCGAUAAUCUGGGAACCACAGCACAUGGACAAACUCAUCCCCUCCAUGCUGUUCAACAUGUGGGACACAGACAGACAGGUACCUCCUCCUGCACCUCCUCAUGCUGUUCAACAUGUGGGACACAGACAGGUACCUCCUCCUGCACCUCCUCUGCACCUCCUCAUGCUGUUCAACAUGUGGGACACAGACAGGUACCUCCUCCUGCACCUCCUCAUGCUGUUCAACAUGUGGGACACAGACAGGUACCUCCUCCUGCACCUCCUCAUGCUGUUCAACAUGUGGGACACAGACAGGUAUCUCCUCUGCACCUCCUCAUGCUGUUCAACAUGUGGGACACAGACAGGUACCUCCUCCUGCACCUCCUCUGCACCUCCUCAUGCUGUUCAACAUGUGGGACACAGACAGGUACCUCCUCCUGCACCUCCUCAUGCUGUUCAACAUGUGGGACACAGACAGGUACCUCCUCCUGCACCUCCUCUGCACCUCCUCAUGCUGUUCAACAUGUGGGACACAGACAGGUACCUCCUCCUGCACCUCCUCAUGCUGUUCAACAUGUGGGACACAGACAGGUACCUCCUCCUGCACCUCCUCAUGCUGUUCAACAUGUGGGACACAGACAGACAGGUACCUCCUCCUGCACCUCCUCAUGCUGUUCAACAUGUGGGACACAGACAGGUACCUCCUCCUGCACCUCCUCUGCACCUCCUCAUGCUGUUCAACAUGUGGGACACAGACAGGUACCUCCUCCUGCACCUCCUCAUGCUGUUCAACAUGUGGGACACAGACAGGUACCUCCUCCUGCACCUCCUCAUGCUGUUCAACAUGUGGGACACAGACAGGUACCUCCUCCUGCACCUCCUCUGCACCUCCUCAUGCUGUUCAACAUGUGGGACACAGACAGGUACCUCCUCCUGCACCUCCUCAUGCUGUUCAACAUGUGGGACACAGACAGGUACCUCCUCCUGCACCUCCUCUGCACCUCCUCAUGCUGUUCAACAUGUGGGACACAGACAGGUACCUCCUCCUGCACCUCCUCAUGCUGUUCAACAUGUGGGACACAGACAGGUACCUCCUCCUGCACCUCCUCUGCACCUCCUCAUGCUGUUCAACAUGUGGGACACAGACAGGUACCUCCUCCUGCACCUCCUCAUGCUGUUCAACAUGUGGGACACAGACAGGUACCUCCUCCUGCACCUCCUCAUGCUGUUCAACAUGUGGGACACAGACAGGUACCUCCUCCUGCACCUCCUCUGCACCUCCUCAUGCUGUUCAACAUGUGGGACACAGACAGGUACCUCCUCCUGCACCUCCUCUGCACCUCCUCAUGCUGUUCAACAUGUGGGACACAGACAGGUACCUCCUCCUGCACCUCCUCAUGCUGUUCAACAUGUGGGACACAGACAGGUACCUCCUCCUGCACCUCCUCUGCACCUCCUCAUGCUGUUCAACAUGUGGGACACAGACAGGUACCUCCUCCUGCACCUCCUCAUGCUGUUCAACAUGUGGGACACAGACAGGUACCUCCUCCUGCACCUCCUCAUGCUGUUCAACAUGUGGGACACAGACAGGUACCUCCUCCUGCACCUCCUCUGCACCUCCUCAUGCUGUUCAACAUGUGGGACACAGACAGGUACCUCCUCCUGCACCUCCUCUGCACCUCCUCAUGCUGUUCAACAUGUGGGACACAGACAGGUACCUCCUCCUGCACCUCCUCUGCACCUCCUCAUGCUGUUCAACAUGUGGGACACAGACAGGUACCUCCUCCUGCACCUCCUCUGCACCUCCUCAUGCUGUUCAACAUGUGGGACACAGACAGGUACCUCCUCCUGCACCUCCUCUGCACCUCCUCAUGCUGUUCAACAUGUGGGACACAGACAGGUACCUCCUCCUGCACCUCCUCUGCACCUCCUCAUGCUGUUCAACAUGUGGGACACAGACAGGUACCUCCUCCUGCACCUCCUCUGCACCUCCUCAUGCUGUUCAACAUGUGGGACACAGACAGGUACCUCCUCCUGCACCUCCUCUGCACCUCCUCAUGCUGUUCAACAUGUGGGACACAGACAGGUACCUCCUCCUGCACCUCCUCUGCACCUCCUCAUGCUGUUCAACAUGUGGGACACAGACAGGCACCUCCUCCUGUACCUCCUCUGCACCUCCACAUGCUGUUCAACAUGUGGGACACAGACAGGUACCUCCUCCUGCACCUCCUCUGCACCUCCUCAUGCUGUUCAACAUGUGGGACACAGACAGGUACCUCCUCCUGCACCUCCUCUGCACCUCCUCAUGCUGUUCAACAUGUGGGACACAGACAGACAGGUACCUCCUCCUGCACCUCCUCUGCACCUCCUCAUGCUGUUCAACAUGUGGGACACAGACAGGUACCUCCUCCUGCACCUCCUCAUGCUGUUCAACAUGUGGGACACAGACAGACAGGUACCUCCUCCUGCACCUCCUCUGCACCUCCUCAUGCUGUUCAACAUGUGGGACACAGACAGGUACCUCCUCCUGCACCUCAUGCUGUUCAACAUGUGGGACACAGACAGGUACCUCCUCCUGCACCUCCUCAUGCUGUUCAACAUGUGGGACACAGACAGACAGGUACCUCCUCCUGCACCUCCUCUGCACCUCCUCAUGCUGUUCAACAUGUGGGACACAGACAGGUACCUCCUCCUGUACCUCCUCUGCACCUCCUCAUGCUGUUCAACAUGUGGGACACAGACAGGUACCUCCUCCUGCACCUCCUCUGCACCUCCUCAUGCUGUUCAACAUGUGGGACACAGACAGGGACCUCCUCCUGCACCUCCUCUGCACCUCCUCAUGCUGUUCAACAUGUGGGACACAGACAGGUACCUCCUCCUGCACCUCAUGCUGUUCAACAUGUGGGACAAAGACAGGUACCUCCUCCUGCACCUCCUCAUGCUGUUCAACAUGUGGGACACAGACAGGUACCUCCUCCUGCACCUCCUCAUGCUGUUCAACAUGUGGGACACAGACAGGUACCUCCUCCUGCACCUCCUCUGCACCUCCUCAUGCUGUUCAACAUGUGGGACACAGACAGGUACCUCCUCCUGCACCUCCUCUGCACCUCCUCAUGCUGUUCAACAUGUGGGACACAGACAGGUACCUCCUCCUGCACCUCAUGCUGUUAUACAUGUGGGACACAGACAGGUACCUCCUCCUGCACCUCCUCUGCACCUCCUCAUGCUCUUCAACAUGUGGGACACAGACAGGUACCUCCUCCUGCACCUCCUCUGCACCUCCUCAUGCUGUUCAACAUGUGGGACACAGACAGGUACCUCCUCCUGCACCUCCUCUGCACCUCCUCAUGCUGUUCAACAUGUGGGACACAGACAGGUACCUCCUCCUGCACCUCCUCUGCACCUCCUCAUGCUGUUCAACAUGUGGGACACAGACAGGUACCUCCUCCUGCACCUCCUCUGCACCUCCUCAUGCUGUUCAACAUGUGGGACACAGACAGGUACCUCCUCCUGCACCUCCUCUGCACCUCCUCAUGCUGUUCAACAUGUGGGACACAGACAGGUACCUCCUCCUGCACCUCCUCUGCACCUCCUCAUGCUGUUCAACAUGUGGGACACAGACAGGUACCUCCUCCUGCACCUCCUCAUGCUGUUCAACAUGUGGGACACAGACAGGUACCUCCUUCUGCACCUCCUCUGGACCUCCUCAUGCUGUUCAACAUGUGGGACACAGACAGGUACCUCCUUCUGCACCUCCUCUGGACCUCCUCAUGCUGUUCAACAUGUGGGACACGGACACAGACAGGUACCUCCUCCUGCACCUCCUUUGCACCUCCUCAUGCUGUUCAACAUUUGGGACACGGACAGGUACCUCCUCCUGCACCUCCUCAUGCUGUUCAACAUGUGGGACACGGACAGACAGGUACCUCCUCUGCACCUCCUCAUGCUGUUCAACAUGUUGGACACAGACAGGUACCCCCUCCUGCACCUCCUCAUGCUGUUCAACAUGUGGGACACAGACACAGACAGACAGGUAUCUCCUCUGCACCUCCUCAUGCUGUUCAACAUGUGGGACACAGACAGGUACCUCCUCCUGCACCUCCUCAUGCUGUUCAACAUGUGGGACACAGACAGACAGGUACCUCCUCCUGCACCUCCUCUGCACCUCCUCAUGCUGUUCAACAUGUGGGACACGGACACAGACAGGUACCUCCUCCUGCCCCUCCUCAUGCUGUUCAACAUGUGGGACACAGACAGACAGGUACCUCCUCCUGCACCUCCUCUGCACCUCCUCAUGCUGUUCAACAUUUGGGACACGGACAGGUACCUCCUCCUGCACCUCCUCAUGCUGUUCAACAUGUGGGACACGGACAGACAGGUACCUCCUCUGCACCUCCUCAUGCUGUUCAACAUGUUGGACACAGACAGGUACCCCCUCCUGCACCUCCUCAUGCUGUUCAACAUGUGGGACACAGACACAGACAGGUACCCCCUCCUGCACCUCCUCAUGCUGUUCAACAUGUGGGACACGGACACAGACAGGUACCUCCUCCUGAACCUCUUCAUGCUGUUCAACAUGUGGGACACAGACAGGUCAGGCCACCCCUCGUCCCCCUCGGCACCUGGAGGAGGUCCAGAUGUGGAGGAGAACCCCGGGGCCCUCGCUGAGAGCUGCUUCAGAGAACUGUUGGGGAGAGCAGCUUAUGGCAACAUGAACAACGCUGUGAGACCAGUGCUGGUGCACCUGGACAACCAUCACCUGUGGGACCCCAACGAGUUCUCUGUGUCCUGCUUCAGGAUCAUCAUGUACUCCAUACAGGCGCAGCACUCGCACCAUGUGAUCCAGCAGGUCCUAGGACACCUGGACACGCACCAGAAGGACACGCCCCGCGUCCGAGCUGGGAUCGUCCAGGUUCUGCUGGAGACGGUCGCCAUCGCCGCCAAGGGCUCCGUGGGCCCCACGGUGCUGGAGGUCUUCAACACUCUCCUUAAACACCUUCGCAUCAGUGUGGACCUGGAGCUGGGCUCAGACUCACGACGGAACUCAGCCCUGAGUCUGUCGUCUGGUCAGAGGAAGGAGAGCGAGGAGAGAUACGUCCAGAACGCCAUCAUCCAGACCAUAGGUGAGACAGGAGGUCAGAGGAAGGAGAGCGAGGAGAGAUACGUCCAGAACGCCAUCAUCCAGACCAUAGGUGAGACAGGAGGUCAGAGGAAGGAGAGCGAGGAGAGAUACGUCCAGAACGCCAUCAUCCAGACCAUAGGUGAGACAGGAGGUCAGAGGAAGGAGAGCGAGGAGAGAUACGUCCAGAACGCCAUCAUCCAGACCAUAGGUGAGACAGGAGGUCAGAGGAAGGAGAGCGAGGAGAGAUACGUCCAGAACGCCAUCAUCCAGACCAUAGGUGAGACAGGAGGUCAGAGGAAGGAGAGCGAGGAGAGAUACGUCCAGAACGCCAUCAUCCAGACCAUAGGUGAGACAGGAGGUCAGAGGAAGGAGAGCGAGGAGAGAUACGUCCAGAACGCCAUCAUCCAGACCAUAGGUGAGACAGGAGGUCAGAGGAAGGAGAGCGAGGAGAGAUACGUCCAGAACGCCAUCAUCCAGACCAUAGGUGAGACAGGAGGUCAGAGGAAGGAGAGCGAGGAGAGAUACGUCCAGAACGCCAUCAUCCAGACCAUAGGUGAGACAGGAGGUCAGAGGAAGGAGAGCGAGGAGAGAUACGUCCAGAACACCAUCAUCCAGACCAUAGGUGAGACAGGAGGUCAGAGGAAGGAGAGCGAGGAGAGAUACGUCCAGAACGCCAUCAUCCAGACCAUAGGUGAGACAGGAGGUCAGAGGAAGGAGAGCGAGGAGAGAUACGUCCAGAACGCCAUCAUCCAGACCAUAGGUGAGACAGGAGGUCAGAGGAAGGAGAGCGAGGAGAGAUACGUCCAGAACGCCAUCAUCCAGACCAUAGGUGAGACCAGCAACCACACCAUCAACCACACCAGCAACCACACCAUCAACCACACCAGCAACCACACCAUCAACCACACCAUCAACCACACCAGCAACCACACCAUCAACCACACCAUCAACCACACCAGCAACCACACCAUCAACCACACCAUCAACCACACCAGCAACCAUACCAUCAACCACACCAUCAACCACCCAGACCAGGUGAGACAGGAGCAACCAUACCAGCAACCACACCAUCAACCACCCAGACUAGGUGAGACAGGAGGUCAGAGGAAGGAGAGCGAGGAGAGAUACGUCCAGAACGCCAUCAUCCAGACCAUAGGUGAGACAGGAGGUCAGAGGAAGGAGAGCGAGGAGAGAUACGUCCAGAACGCCAUCAUCCAGACCAUAGGUGAGACCAGCAACCACACCAUCAACCACACCAGCAACCACACCAUCAACCACACCAGCAACCAUACCAUCAACCACACCAUCAACCACCCAGACCAGGUGAGACAGGAGCAACCACACCAUCAACCACCCAGACUAGGUGAGACAGGAGGUCAGAGGAAGGAGAGCGAGGAGAGAUACGUCCAGAACGCCAUCAUCCAGACCAUAGGUGAGACAGGAGGUCAGAGGAAGGAGAGCGAGGAGAGAUACGUCCAGAACGCCAUCAUCCAGACCAUAGGUGAGACAGGAGGUCAGAGGAAGGAGAGCGAGGAGAGAUACGUCCAGAACGCCAUCAUCCAGACCAUAGGUGAGACAGGAGGUCAGAGGAAGGAGAGCGAGGAGAGAUACGUCCAGAACGCCAUCAUCCAGACCAUAGGUGAGACCAGCAACCACACCAUCAACCACACCAGCAACCACACCAUCAACCACACCACCAACCACCCAGACCAGGUGAGACAGGAGCAACCAUACCAGCAACCACACCAUCAACCACCCAGACCAGGUGAGACAGGAGGUCAGAGGAAGGAGAGCGAGGAGAGAUACGUCGAGAACGCCAUCAUCCAGACCAUAGGUGAGACAGGAGGUCAGAGGAAGGAGAGCGAGGAGAGAUACGUCCAGAACGCCAUCAUCCAGACCAUAGGUGAGACCAGCAACCACACCAUCAACCACACCAUCAACCACACCAGCAACCACACCAUCAACCACACCAUCAACCACCCAGACCAGGUGAGACAGGAGCAACCAUACCAUCAACCACACCAUCAACCACCCAGACCAGGUGAGACAGGAGGUCAGAGGAAGGAGAGCGAGGAGAGAUACGUCGAGAACGCCAUCAUCCAGACCAUAGGUGAGACAGGAGGUCAGAGGAAGGAGAGCGAGGAGAGAUACGUCCAGAACGCCAUCAUCCAGACCAUAGGUGAGACAGGAGGUCAGAGGAAGGAGAGCGAGGAGAGAUACGUCGAGAACGCCAUCAUCCAGACCAUAGGUGAGACAGGAGGUCAGAGGAAGGAGAGCGAGGAGAGAUACGUCCAGAACGCCAUCAUCCAGACCAUAGGGUUCUUUGGGGGGAACCUGCCGGACUAUCAAAGAGCGGAGGUCAUGAUGUUCAUCAUGGGGAAGGUCCCCGUCUACGGGACGCCCUGCCACAACCUGGACACCAUCAAGAUCGGACUCCAGGGGACCAGGCGUAUCCAGACCAUGCUCCUCAGCUCACUCAUCAUGGUAACGUCUGGCUUUAAGUCUAAGUCCAUGUCUGCGGCCCUGCCCUCCUCCUUCCUGGAGCCUCUUCUGUCGGUGUCUCUGAUGGAGGACAGUGAGCUGCGACAACUGGUGCUGGAGAUACUGCACAACAUCAUCGAUCGCCACGACAACCGCGCCAAGCUGCGAGGCAUCAGAAUAAUCCCGAAUGUUGCAGCUCUGAAAAUCAAACGAGAGAAGAUUUCGAAGCAGGACGUGGCCUUCAUGAAGAAGCACGGGCAGCAGUUGUAUCGACACAUCUACCUGAGCUGUAAAGAGGAGGAGAACAACCAUAAGAACCUGGAGCUGCUCUUCACCACUUUAGCCAUUCUCACCAUUGAACUGGCCAACGAGGAGGUGGUGGUCGACCUGAUCCGCCUCAGCCUGGCUCUGCAGGACCUGGCGGUGGUGAAUGAGGACAGCCUGUCCAUAUGA